ACCAAGCAGUGCAGAUCAGGAGAGAGAUUAGUGCUCUCUCUAUGUGGACAGCUUGAUGUGUCGGCUUGCUGGAACCUUCUGGAAAGUCUUCUAACUGUGGCAAACUGGAAAGCAGAGAGAAGUAGUUUGUUCUGACUUUGGAGACUUUAUUUAAGGUGACUGAACUGUUGGAACCGGACUAAAUUCCAACUGCAGGAGUGGAUAUUGACCAUAGUGUUAGGGCUGGAUCCAAGCGGAGACGCUCAAGUGGGAUAACGGAUCAUGCUCCUCCCCUGUGAACUCAGGUUCCUGCCAGAUCACAAGUGGUGUCAUAUCAACUGAACCAGACCGAGAAGUAAUCCAUCUUUUUAUAAACUUGAGCAGAGGCUUAGUCAGAGUCCACUGAAAGCAACACUUCCUGACGAGUCAAAUGGCGGAGGAAUACGAGCAGGCUGAAUUUAUCAAAGAUCGGCUGUACUUUGCUACUCUCCGCGUCAAACCAAAGAACACAGCAAACACACACUUCUUCAGCACAGAUGAAGAAUUCAUCUACGAGAGUUUCUAUUCAGACUUCGGGCCACUUAACCUUGCCAUGCUCUUCAAAUACUGCUGCAAACUCAACAAGAAGCUCAAGUCAUUUACAAUGUCUAGAAAGAAACUGGUCCACUACACCAGCUAUGACCAGAAAAAAAGAGCAAAUGCUGCUUUUCUCAUCGGUGCCUACGCUGUUAUCUAUUUGAAAAGGAGUCCAGAUGAAGCCUACAGGACUCUAAUCUCAGGAAAUAACACAGCCUACCUGCCAUUCAGGGAUGCAGCAGUAGGUGGGUGCACCUUCAACCUCACUGUCCUGGACUGCUUACAGGGAUUACGCAAGGCAUUACAGCAUGGCUUCCUGGAUUUUGAAACAUUUAGUACUGAAGAAUAUGAACAUUAUGAGCGAGUUGAAAAUGGAGACAUGAACUGGAUCAUCCCAGGAAAAAUACUGGCGUUCAGCAGCCCUCAUGCUCGAAACAAGGUUGAGAAUGGUUAUCCUCUCCAUGCACCUGAGGCGUACUUUGAACACUUCCGCAAAAACAAUGUGACGACUGUGGUUCGCCUGAACAAGAAGUUGUAUGACAGCAGACGGUUUGAGGACGCAGGAUUCGAACACCAUGAUUUCUUCUUCAUGGAUGGCUCAACACCCUCUGACUUGAUUGUUAGACGCUUCCUGCAUGUGUGUGAAAGCACAGAUGGUGCUGUAGCCGUGCACUGUAAAGCUGGCUUGGGGCGGACAGGCACCCUGAUUGCCUGCUAUCUGAUGAAGCAUUUUCGGUUCACAGCGGCCGAGGCUAUUGCUUGGAUCAGAAUCUGCCGACCUGGGUCAAUCAUUGGGCCCCAGCAGAACUUCUUAGAAGAGAAGCAGCACAGCUUGUGGGUACAGGGGGACGUGCAUCGCUCCAAACAGAAACUUGCCCAGCAGAGGUUCAACCGACAGCAGCAACUGCAACCGCAGCCCGGUCUGCCCGCCUCCGACCCGGUAACAAAGGGCAAACAGGAAGCUAUGUCACAUCUGGUUUCCAGCAUGAAUGAUCUGUCAAUCAAAACCACCCUGUGCAAAUCCUACAGUUUAGAUGAAAGUAAGUGUAAUGAAACCAGUCUUACCCAGGGAGACAAUCUGAGAGCCCUGAAGGGAAAACGGACAUCAGCCUCUUCCUCCUCCAGGUUAAACAUGUCAAAGACGCCCCACUGUUCCAUUGUCUCUCCUCCUAAGUCACCUAAAAUCACCAUUUCCUUCUCUCCAUCUUCUUCUAAGAAGCUUAUCCGAAGCUCAUCCACUGUCCCACUGAUCAAGAGCCCCUUCAGCCUCGGUCUAUUCAGCACCAGGCCUGCACUGAUUCACUAAGCUCAAAUUGAAGAACGAGGUUAACGAUCCGACGGUGAACAGAUUAUAAAGCUGGAUCAGUAAUGGGAAGGCCUUAAACAUCAUCAGCAUAAAGUUUAUAUAUAUUUAAGACUCAAACUGCACAUCGUUGUUUCGGGAGAACAUUAAAAGAUACUUCAGAGAAAUAUUUUCUCAAAUAGAGCAUUUCCCCUCUAUUACCCAUGAAAAGCUAGUGGUUUUGACCUAAACUUUGAAACUUCAGUAUGACCCACAUUGUACUGAGACACUGACCAUGAUACCUAGACUGUUGACACAAAUCCUCGCCAUACCUCCAGGUUCUGACAGGAACUUCAGUGGAGUCCAAAAACAGCGUAACUUCGCCUGCACAAUGACUCUCUCUGGAAAUGGUCUACAAGUUGUCCUGGUGAAUGUCGCUCCAGAGGAAAAGAACUGUGGAUGGUCUCAGAAAGCUCAGUGGCUUUCUGAACCUAUUCAUUAAUUCCAUGCUUAGCUCAACAGCUCUGUUAUUUUUUAUAAAAUGUCAACAAACAUACAAUUUGGUACUGACAAGGCAUCAAAAAGGCAAACUCAAUCAGUUUAAAAUAGUGACAGGCAAAUUGUUUUUCCUAUUCAAAAGACAAGAGUUUUUUAAAUUAUUAGUUUUUAGUUGGUGGUUGUCUUGAGAUAUUACAGACAUCUCCCUGUUAUGAGCUGGGUUUGUGGCCAGUUUUAUUCACUAAUUUUACCACAGAUAUGCAGGUUUCAUUUAGUUUAAAAUUGACAGGACAUUUAAAAAAUACAUGUUUGCAUCUGCACUGGUGUCAAUGGCUGAUACGAUUAGCUUGGUCAAAAACAGCCAACUUUGUAAAAACAGGGUGUUUGGAGAAUGCUCUAGUCUUGAAUAUAUCAUAUUUACUUGUUUGAAACAUUGCCUUGUCAAACGCUACUUUUACUAAUAUAUGGUGUUUUAUGACUGAAUGCAGACAGUAGGAAUGUCAAAACAUUAAAGGAGAAAUAAGUAAGAAAUUUAUCAUAAAAUUAACCAAAAUCAUUCUCAUUUGUCACUCUGGAUGGAAGUAACAUUCCCUAUAAACAAUCGGUCCUCUCCAUUAAGAAUCUCUUAGUCAAGAUUUUCUCUUUUCAAACCCAAAGGUACGGUGGGGGACUACUUUGGUGCAGUGUGUAGCCUGUGUUUACUUCCUGGGUCCUGAGCCAAUCAUAUGAGAGUUCCAAAGGUUUCUAAGACAUUUGGUCUUUUCUGUUGGCAAAAGAGUCUUACUGGCUUCUAAAUAUUGAACCAAAAAGAGUAACUGACUUUGGCUGAACUGUCAUCUUGAAUUUAGCUGCCCUACAUCCUCGUCUCCCCCGAGACCCCAUGAGGGAUUAAGCGGGUUAGAAAAUGGAUGGAUGGAUGGACAUCCUCGUCUCUCUUGACUUGGCAACUUACGCCACAGUCUCCAAAGUACGUGGUUGGGGUGUUGUCCCGAUUUGAAACAGUAGGUAUCAUUAUUACUUAUUUCUCCUUUAAGGUUAAACAUAAUAGUGUAUAUCUGCACCGUACCUGAUUAAAUUGUAUUUUUAUACUUCA